AUUCCUACUCAAUACAUCAAAUGCCUUCACUUCGAGUUUUAUAAGACGAGUAAAAGAAUACCUUUAUAAUCUUACCUUCCACUUUCGAUCAGCUAGAAAGGUUCGAUUGGCUGCAUGGAUUUUCGAUGCCAAGACCCUUGCCGUCCUCGAUAACGUCUUCAGAUCUUCCCCAGAUUCUUAAAUUCCCCCACAGUUUUAAAGUAAGUAGAAAUCGAGUAAGCACCUCUUAUAAAGUAUAAAGUCAGUGUCUUUCAACAUUCCAGCAAAUUCAUACCUACUUUUUUUAUAUCAAUCAAUAGCAGUAUAUCUUCUUCGGACCAAUCACUAGUCAUCAUAAAUCACAACCAUAUCCCAACUCAAGCAUAAUGUCUUCACAAAACAACAGUCAGCAGCCCUCUCUUAUCGGCGGCCAUGCCGAAUACAUCAAGGGAGCCACAGAAUCAGCUAUCGGCAGCGCCACGGGCUCGCAGGCUUGGACUAGCUCCGGAGAGCAAGCCAAGGCCCAUGCCGUAGAUACCAUGAAGACGGCUGGCGAGAACCGCGAUUCAUCUCAAGGGUUUGGCAAGGUCGAACAGAAGUUGGGACAAGCCACAGGCUGCGAAGGCAUGGUCAAAGAGGGGGCGGCUAGCAAGAAGCCCGAAUAGAUGGAGAGAAUCAUCCACGCUCGUUUUCAAACAUACCUACGCAAUUGGUGAGGUAUAAGAUUACAUUGUCAGUUCCAUUAAGGUUUAUGUAUUAUCAUCGGGUAUUGCGGUGACAGCUAAAAGGGUAGCAUUGCAUUCUCGGAAGACUGGGAUUCAUCAUCCGCGUUGUAUUAUGUAUACGUCUGUAUUAAAAUGUAGAUAAGCUCUUGAAGGUACCCGAUAGUGUUUACGACAAAAUUCCCUUUUAAAUUCCCAGCAAGGGCAGCUUUUGAC